AUGAAGCUUCUAAUUAUUUUGAUCGGCUUACUUUGCGGCUUGAGUUGUGGCCUAAACGAGAAGAGGAUUCGGCCCAACCAGGGAGACCUUUUCGAGUGGAUAGGCUCGAUAUUCUUACCACCUGUGACCACAACCACGACUUCUACUCCGGUAGUCAGUACCUCCUUAACUACAACCAGGAGGACCACCACAUCCACAACAACUACGACUACGACUCCUAGACCCACGGCACCCAACUUUCCCGUAGACAGGGAUUGCGUCACGUGUCGCUGUGGCCUCAUUAAUACCCUGUACAAAAUCGUGGGAGGCCAGGAGACCCGAGUCCAUGAAUACCCCUGGAUGGCUGUGAUCCUGAUCUACGGGCGCUUCUACUGCUCGGGCUCGCUGAUCAACGACCUGUAUGUCCUGACAGCAGCGCAUUGCGUGGAGGGGGUUCCCCCAGAACUAAUCACCCUGCGAUUCCUCGAGCACAACCGUAGUAAUACCAACGAGGACAUCGCCGUCCAGCGACCUGUCUCCCGGGUGAAGGUGCACGAACUGUACAAUCCCCAAAGUUUCGACAAUGAUUUAGCCAUUCUGCGCCUGAGCCAGCCGGUUGACAUGGAGCACCACCGAGUGAGACCCAUUUGCCUGCCCAUACAUGCCUACAGUUUUGACCACGAGUUGGCCAUAGUCACUGGCUGGGGAGCUCAGAAGGAGGGAGGACCGGGCUCCGAUACUUUGCGGGAGGUACAGGUUGAGGUGUUACCCCAAUCGGAUUGCCGGAACUCCACCUCCUAUAAGCCGGGCCAAAUCACGGAUAACAUGAUGUGCGCAGGAAAUAUUUCGCAGGGCGGCAAGGACGCCUGCAGUGGCGACAGUGGAGGCCCCCUACACGCGACCUUUGAUGAGCAGCCGGGGCAGUAUCAACUGGCGGGGAUCGUCUCCUGGGGCGUGGGAUGUGCCAGACCCCAGGCCCCGGGAGUUUACACCAGGGUCAACCAAUACCUUCGCUGGCUGGCGACCAAUACCCCGGGAGCAUGCCACUGCAUGCCGUAUCCCGAGGAAGAUUACUGA